AUGCUAAAACGAGUCCUAAUUCAAUGUUUAUUAUGGAAGGACAGAAGAUCAAUCGCUCUUUGUCCGAAGAAGACGCACGACAAGCAGAGAGCUUCCUUCGCUUUCCAGUACAUCCAUACGUUCAACUUUGACGUUGGCAAAAUGAUACUACGGGGAUUGCUGUUUUGGUGCUUUUCAUUGCAGUUCAGACGGUUCGUUUUGCUUCGAAGGUAUUUUCUGUACGAAAUUUGGACUUUUUUUGUGUUUUAUCAAAAAUUCUCUAGCUGCUACAGCGUCCCUGCCGCACAAGCACAAGAACAAAUCAUGAUUCAUUUUGGCCCCCAUGCCGUGCGGAAGUCGAGCAUUUUUUUCGAGUCCAGUUUGUCCUACGGACUUGUGAAUCUGAAGCCCAUUGUCCCCGGCCACGUGCUCGUGAUCCCCAAAAGAAUAGCCGCCCGGUUCAAAGAACUGAGUACCGACGAGGUCACUGAUCUUUACCAGUCGGUGCACAAAAUCAGCUCAGUGCUCGAGCCGCACUUCCAGGCCAGCGGCUUGAACAUCGCGCAGCAGGACGGGCCGGCCGCCGGGCAGUCGGUUCCGCACGUUCACGUGCACAUUCUACCCAGAGAAGCCGCCGAUUUCGAAAAGCCGGACCAGGUGCAUGAAGAGAUAGAAAGGGCAAAAGUGAUGGACGACACUUUUUCGGAGGACAACAGGCGAGUACGGACGCAGGAGGAGAUGGCUCAGGAAGCGACGGAGCUUGCGCAAUUGUUUCCCGAUGAGUACAGACCGAAGUAA